CCAAACGGCAUCGUGCUCUUUCUAUCUAGCUAACCAGCCACAGUUCCUUGUUCAGUUUUUUUUCUCAUGAGAAGUGCCGCCAUGUUUUUGUGAGACAGGAUGACAGCAGAGAGCGGCGCAGAGGAACACAGUUGGUGAAGACGACAAUUUAACGAAAUACCGACGCACGGACAUUGUUUUGUCGUUUGCAUCAGCGGAGUAUCGAGGCUGCGUUCUUUUGAAGAUACAUUUUGUCAACGCGCACGAAAUUACGUCGAGGUUGACCCCUUGGAUAUUUCAUCAUAAUUCCGAUUUCCUAUGGCGUAGGAUCCUCUCUCCAGCAUUGAUAUAUAUUUUUCUUUUCUGUAGAAUGGGAGUGGGACCUCCCACGCAAUAGAAAUUGUGGAUUUUUUAUAAAGUCAAUCUGAAGAAAUCCUAAACAAAUGAAUUAUACAAGAACACAUUCCUGCAUUUGUCCAACUACCUCUGCUUAUUCGUGGUGGGGACAGGAGUAACGAAUACAAAACUGAAGGGUAUUUGAUUGACCUCAGCAUAGCCUAUGGUUUAUUGUUGAAAGAGGGACAGCAAAGAACGAAGUUAAUACAAGGAAAUACUUUCUACUGUGAAACUGCGAAAGGACACUGUUCCAAGAUGACUGGCACUAUCCCUGCGGAUAUGAUCAACUUGAGGCUCAUUUUGGUGAGCGGGAAGACAAAGGAGUUCCUGUUCUCGCCCAACGACUCGGCCGCGGACAUCGCCAAACAUGUGUAUGAUAACUGGCCCAUGGACUGGGAGGAAGAGCAGGUCAGCAGUCCUAACAUCCUGAGGCUCAUCUACCAAGGACGCUUUCUGCAUGGCAACGUCACACUAGGAGCAUUAAAACUGCCCAAUGGAAAGACCACAGUGAUGCAUUUAGUUGCCAGAGAGACGUUGCCCGAGCCAAAUUCCCAAGGGCAGAGGAACCGCGAGAAGACUGGAGAGAGCAACUGCUGUGUAAUUCUGUAGAUACGUUAUGUCGCCUCCAUCCUAACCCCCACACCCCCACUAUCUACCAACCAACCAACCAACCGACCCCCCCAAACUGAACAGGAUGCAUCUGUAGUUUGCCUCCCAUGCUGCUGAGAUACAACAACACACACACACACACACACACAUGCAGGCACACACACACACACACACACACACACACACACACACACACACACACACACACACACACACACACACACACACACACACACACACACACACACACACACACACUGGCACAGACAGACCCUGGAGAAAUGGAAUGCAUUCAUCAGACUGGUGGAGAGAUUGUAUAAGAGGAGCGGAGUAGAAGCUGAGCUGAGCCAAGCGGAGUGAAUGCAGCACUAGGCCAAGAGGCGUUGAGGAGAGGAGCAUCAGGAAGGACUGUCAACUCACCGUCGCCCUCCUUGUCAUCAUCGUCAUCUCUCCGUCAGAUCCAGCAGCACUUUCGCCGUCCAAUGCAUCCUGUCCUAGAACCUCCUAGAAAAGUCCAGCCCUGUUUUUCGGCCUUUUAUGAACUUUUCUCCCUCUUUAAACCUCUCUAUCACCCCCCCCCUCCAAUCUCUCUCUCCAUUUUUACAUAAUACAUAUAUAGAUAUGUAUAAAUAAUAUACACACAUUGCAUACAUAACAAAACAUGCCACAUAACAACACACAGUUUGCACAUGGAGGCGGCGGCGCCCAUCUUGUUUAUUGUGUGUGUCUCUGCACAUAGCGAAAAACGUAAACGUUUCUUCCGAGCCAGGGCUGUUCCCGCCAACGUCUGGGGAUUUUUUGUCCUUUUUUUUUGGUCUCGAGACUGUUGGUCCAGGGUGCGAGAGAAGGAAAUAGGAAAUUCACAGGGUCAGAUGGGCCGUAGUCGCCCCAUUCCCCCCAACCCCCCCCCUCCUCCUUCACCCAAUCUACCCCGAAAACUCCCUACCUAAACUCCCCACCCACCCCGCAUCCCAUCUUCACCUUACAGAAGCAGAAGAUGCAGACGCGAUUCGCUUCUUAAACCUCCAAUUGGUCACCUGAGUCAAGCCCCACCCCCUUCCCCUCAUGUGAAUGGACAGUUCCUAUAAGCAGCUGAGCUGCUCCCCCCUCCCCUCCUUUCCACCCCCGGCCCCCCAUCCCUAAAAAUGAAUGAAGCCGAGGACUCUCAGCUAUCCCCGCCCAUACUUAUGUGCACGCUGCGCUGCCAUGCUCUGACCAGGAAGCAAGUACAGUAGUGUGCUCUAACCACUGAUUUAAUCAACGCGUGUAAUCUUUUAUUUUUUAUUCUCCUCCCCAACACUAGUAGACCAAGUGUUGACGUGCCUGAUUGAACGUGUAGUGAAUCUGGCUGUUGUUUGGUUUGGUUUGUUUGUUUGUUUGUUUUUUUUUUCUUUUCUUUCUCCUUAAAAUCAGUAUGCAUUUUUUGUAUUAAAAAGUGCACAUGAUAUGGACGAAUCUCCUAACAUUUUGUAGUGCAAUUCCAACACUUGAUGCAGACACGAUGCAGACGUGUUGUGUAAGUCCCCCCUCGGUCUCAUAUGAAGGUCUAAUCAGCACGAUACAAGCAAAAAAAAACCAACAUGAGUUGCUGUUCUUCACUGAUAUUUGUGGCUGGGUGAUGACAGUCCACACCACAUGUUCAUUCUCGACCAAUCAGUGUUGUCUGCCUUCAUCAGUUUAAUAAAAACGGCUUCGUCAUGUAGGGAAUUUUAAAACCUCCUCGAUUUCUAUUACAUGUUUUCUUUUCCAUGUCUGUUUGUCUGUUUGUUUGUUUGUUUGUUUGUCCUGUUUAUUUGUCAUGUUCUCGUCUACACGUAGUGGAAAUUGAGGUUUUGCAGUAAAAGCCAGAUGAUGAUUAUGGAGUGAUUUUGGCAUCUCUUUUGUUUCGUUUUCUUUGGUCUUCAUGUAAUGAAAUCCAUUUGCACAACAGUGAAGCAUGUGCUCAUUCAUCUUAACCUGUAAUUUUUUUUGUUCUUUUGAUAUUUUUCCACAUGGGAAUUGUAUUCCUAGGUUACAUAUGUGUAGAUUAUAUUUAAUAUGAAUCUUAUAUAGAGCAUAAGUAUAGAUCUUAUCGGUAUAUAUAGGUGUUUAGUGUAUGAUUGUCAAUAUGAUUAGAACAUUAGGAAAAAACGUCACUUGCAGACAGUGUCUCGUACUUACAGCAAGAUACCCCUAAUCAUUUACAAGUUGUACUGUGUUUCUCCUUAACUUUUUGUUUGUUUUCAGCUGUUGAUAAUACAAUGAGUUAUCUUGUGGGUUCUUUUGUUUUUUUGUUUUGUUUUUUUUGCUUUAAGGAAAUGCUUUAUAACACAUCGCUUGGUCUAAAAAGAGUAUUAUUCAUAUUGAUCAAGAUUCAAAUCUGUACAGAGCAAAAUGUUUUCAAACUGAUUGUAAAUAGAACUAAUGCUUUGCCCUACCAUCUACAAAUGGAGAAUCUCUAUAAACAGAAUUAAAGAACUAUUGAA